UUCGGCGGAGUUUCAUUCCCCGAUAGUGGAGGAAACUGCGAACUCUCCCUCCUUCUAUUCUAACCUCCUUGGCUAAUACCGACUUUUGUAUUUAUCAAUGAAUGUGGUGUGUUAGCGUUUUAUUGAUUAAUUUGAAAUGUCGGUUUCCUGUGCGUUCAGUUUUAUGACUUCCAGAAUUUCACGUAAUACCAUAUAUAUAUAUUUGCCUUUGCAUAUCUCCAAAAGAUUGAUUCAUUUGUAUAUGUUUCAUUGGGCUAGUUUUCGUGCCUAUGUUUGUUUGUAAAUACAGUUGAAUAGUGACUAUAUAUCAUCCCCAGAAAAUUUUAUUAAUUUUCAUCCUACAUCCUCAGCUGGAAAGCAUAGAAUUUCGCGCGUAUAUAAUGCGGCUUAUCGUACAUUCUUUCAUAUUUUCCACUAUUUCCCUUAGGGUAUAUCACGAAUGACUCAGUUAAACACGGGGAGGUAAUUAUAGGCUGAAGGAAAACAAAGUUCCGUUCCAUAUAGCAAUAUGCGUUGCAUAUUUUGACAUUUAAAGUGGAAUAAUUUUUCUGAAGUGCAAAAAAAUUCACUGACAAUGCAUAUCAAAUGAACUUCCAUAAAUGGUAUUUAAAUGUUCAUAUAUAAAAUCUGUAUGAGAAACAUACUAUAUGUCCUGUUUAUUCAUCUGUUUAAAAUCGUUAUUAAUUUGAAUGGGCUGAACAAAAACAGGAAGUUUAUACAUACAUAACAGCAAGAAUUUUAAUUGGAAUUUUUAAGUACUUAGUGCUAUAAUUUGGUGGUAUUUUAUGAUGGCAAAGCUUUCAAGGGCUACCUACAUGGUGGAGGGAUGCCUUUUUUGAGGAGAUACUAAAAGAAACUUGUUUGUAUCCACAUUAACUCCACAUGGCGACAUCACAAAAGUGCCUAUUUGCAUCGAAUUGAGCCUGGGUGGUAAAGAAUAAGUGCAAAAGUUCUUUCAGGAAGUGCAUUGAUAAAAUCUAGCAAGAAGUCGUGCACAAAAUAUAACAGUUCAAUUUUGCAUCAAGUAUUCAUGAAGUGCAAAGUGUAUUAUGUACAUCAUACAUACAUAAACCUCCUGUUUAAACUGCAGUGAUAUUUUACAAAAACAGUCAAAAGCAUAUUUGCACAAGAAAGUAUUCAUGGAAUGCAGUAUUAAUAUAUCAUGCAUAAAUAAACCUUUUACUUAAACUGCAUUCAUUUUUUAUAAACACUGUCACAGCGAUAGUUGCGUAAGAUAAGAAAAGCUUGGUGAAGGAUCUAAAAAGUAAUUUGGCCAGAGUUUGAUUUAGCCAAUCCAUAUUCAUGUUGAACUGCAUCAUCCUGAGAUGCACAACAAGUUGCAUUAAAUAAUGCACACAUCUGUGCAGGGAGAAACCUUUAUACGUAUGAGGUAUGUUACUAGUCAUUUCGGGAAAAGAGUAAAUUUCAUAUGCUUGGUCAGACAGAAGUUUAUGUGACAUGUCAUUUCGAUAAAGUUUUAGACUAAUAGUACAUAUGCUGCUUUAUGCAAGAUAAGAACCUCGUCUUUCUGAAAUAUGCAAUAAAUAAUUAAAAAAAAAAAAAAAAAAGAUAGGUAUUUUGAAGAUGUGUAUGCACACUAACAGGGAAGAGAGACCACAUAUGUGUGUGUAAUCUACAAGCAUUUAAAAAAAAACAAAAAACAAGUACAUACAAAAUUUUAAUGCAGGAAACAAAUCGUGUUUAUAAGAUAUGUAAUAAGUCAUUUAGAGUAAACUCUGCUUCAAGUAAGCAAAUACUUAUUCGCACAUGGAGAAACUUGAAGUGUGUGAGGUAUAAUACAAAUGACAUAAUGCUUAUUCACCGAGAGAAAUUUCAUGCAAGUGAGAUAUGAUAAAAACCAUUUUGAGAAAAGAAAAUUAAUCAAGCAUAUACUACUUAUUCAAAUUGGAGACAAACCUCAUUUGUGUAAGGUAUGCAACAAUUCUUUCAGAUUCAAAAUUGCUUUAAACAGACAUAUUCUGUGUUAAUAAACACAGAAAAACUUCAUGCAUGUGAGCUGUGUAAGGAGGCAUUUAGAGGAAAAGAUGAAUUAAACAGACAUAUGCUCAUUCACACAGGAGAGAAACCUGAUACGUGUGAGGUAUGUAAAAAGUCAUUUAAACAAAAGAAAGAUUUAAACGAACCUAUGCCGAUUCAUACAGAACAGAACCCGCAUAUGUGUGAUGCAUGUAAAAAUUCAUAUAGAUUAAAGGCUUAUUUGCACAGUCAUAUGUUUAUUCAUACUGGAGAGAAAUCUUAUGCCUGCAAGGUAUGUAACAGUUCCUUUAAAUUCAGAAGUGUUCUAAACAAUCAUAUUCGUAUUCACACAGGGGAGAAACCUUAUGUGUGUGAGGAAUGUGAAAAGCCAUUUAGAUUAAAGGGUGAUUUAAAGAAACAUAUGCGUAUUCAUACAGGAGAUAAACCUCAUGAGUGUGAGGUAUGUAAAAAAUCAUUUAGUGAAAAGCAUAAACUAAUCAAGCAUAUGCUUAUUCACACAGGAGAAAAACCUCAUUUAUGCGAGGUAUGUAAUCAUUCGUUUAGAUUCAAAAGUACUUUGAACCAGCAUAUGCUUACCCACACUGGAGAAAAACCUCAUGUAUGCGAGGUAUGUAAAAAGUCAUUUAGAGAAAAGAGUGAUUUAAAUGAACAUCGGCGUAUUCAUACAGGAGAAAAACCUCAUUCCUGUGAGGUAUGUAACAGGUCAUUUAGACAAAAAAGAGUGUUAAAGAAGCAUAUGCUUAUUCACACGGGAGGAAAACCUCUUGCAUGUGAAGUAUGCAGUAAGUCAUUUAGAGGAAACCAUAAGCUAAUUAAGCAUAUGAUUAUUCACACAGGAGAAAAGCCUCAUUCGUGUGAGGUAUGUAACAGGUCAUUUAGACAAAAAAGAGCGUUAAAGAAGCAUAUGCUUAUUCACAGAGAUAUACAUCUUGUAUGUGAGGUAUGUUAGAAGUCAUUUAGAGAAAAGAAUAAACUAAUGAAGCAUAUGCUGAUUUAUACAGAAUAAAGAACCCCAUUUGUGCUAAAUAUGUAACUAUUCCUUUGGAUGCAAGGAUUCUUUAAACCAACAUAUACUUAUUCAUACAGGUGAAAAAUUUCAUAUGUGUAAGGAAUGUAACAAGUUAUUUGGACAAAAGGGACUUUUAAAGAAGCAUGUAGACUUAUUCACACAGGAGAGAAAUGUCAUGUGUGUGAGGAGAGAAACCUCUUUUGAAUGAGUUAUGUGGCAGUACUUUUGGAUUGAAAGGUGUUUGAAACCAGCAUAUGUUUAUUCACACAGAGAGAAGUAUGACAUCAUAUAUCAGUGUUGUAAAAAAAAGACAGGUGUUGGUGUUGGGUGUGCUCAAGGUGGACGUCUGUAAUUUUUUUCUAGUGCUGUUCAUGAUUAUGAAUAAAAGUUUGCAAUGAGUUGAACUAAUAUAUGCUUGAAAAAUUAGUUCAUAAGUACAUGAGCUUCUGUCUCUUUUGUGCAUGUGAUGAUACAUGGAAUAACAGAAUUCCUCCAUGUACAGUGUGAAAAACUCAAAACUGGGAACUACGUACAAAACACUGGAAAUUUAAAAAUCAUCACAGUUACAACUUUCAAGCAUUUUUAUGUUUGAUAUGCCAUUUUUGUAGUGGUCUUUUUCAGUGAAAAUGCAUCACCAAAGUUUAGAGUGAAGAAGAUUUGUUAGUAGCUCUGAAACUAAAACUUAGUAAACAUUUGCAGGUACUCUUCUGUUACAGGGACCAGAUUCAGAAAUGUAUGUCAGUAUGCACAUGUUUAUUUAUGUAUAAACAUGUAUGUAUAUGUAUGUACACACACAUGCAUUCAUGAACAUACACAUCCAUGCAUGCAUGUAUGCGUAGAUACAUUUCUGGCAAAAUCGGAAUUCAUUUAAUAUCUGCAUAACAAUUUAUUCAGUACACAAGUACAGAAACAAUUUAAUGUAAUUUAUUAUUUUAUUUUUCUGAAAGCAAUACAUAUAUGGCCCAAGAUUUAUUUUUAUUACUCGCUUACUUGCAGCACCAAUUCAGCAGUCGCUGCUAACAGUGCUUCAAUCAUAUUAUCAUGGUAGACAUGACACCUAGAUAUUUGUUCUGCUGGGUACAAAUCUAAGUGAAGGUGAGGCAUAUUACUGUGUAGGUUUGAGCCUUCUUAUUAAUUUCUAUAAGUAUUGCAUUUUCUGGCUGUAGUAUUUUCUUCAAUGAAUGCAGAAUAAAAAUAGUGAGCAUAUUAAAUAGAGUAGGUUUUCGAUAAUUUGGCAUUCAUUUUUAGAUUUAAACAAACAAAAUUUUGCUUUUUAGAAUAUUCAAAAAGGUAAGUUUAAUGAUAAUAUUUUCUAGUAUACAAAUAAAUUUUUGAACAAAUGUGCACAAUAUUUUCCCAUAUAUUGCUGAAAGAAAUGAUUUUUUUUUCAUUAUUAAAGUUUUAUAAAAUAUUUUGUUUUAUUCUCUUUUUCUAACAUUUAUGCAUCAAGAAUUUAUGAUUUUAUUGUUUUAGAUAAAUUGUUAUAUUUGUGUGUAUAAUCUGCUGUCUUUAAAUAUAAAUUAUGAGUUUAUACUGUAGUUAACAUGUAAGGAAUUUAUUUAUUCAGAGAAAUUCAGAUGCUGAGAUCAAAUGAAAUACACCUUGUAACUAGUUGGUUUACAUUCUGUGCAACACAUGCAAACUUGUUUGUAGUACCUGCCAAUAUGUAUAAAUUCUUAAGACAAACCAUUACAGUUUAUGUAUUGCUAAAAUCUAACUAGUAUAAUAACAGUGGUAUAGAAAGCAAAAAUUUUCUUUUAAUAAAAGGAAAAUUUAAUUCUAA